CUUUCUUCGUUUUAUUUUACACUGUAAAACGAUGACUCUUGUCAAAGACCUGACCUUGACUCAACAAAAAACAUUACAGUCAUUGGUAGCGGAUAUCAACAGUCUCUAUUCUUAUUACAGUAAAGAAUACAUGGAACAAUGGAGUAAAGGUUGUGAUAAUGAUCAAGUACUUGCUAAUGCACCGGAUGUAGUCAAACAGGUUGAACAAGGACUAAGGUCACUUGGUUUGUUCCAUAUUAGUCGUUUUAUUCCUGUUGAAUCUGAUUAUUACGAUUGGGAAAUUCAACAACGAGCGUUUCGAGUUAAAGCACCUUCUCGGUCACAUAUGUGCAAAAGUUUGAUUAUGGAAAACACCCGAUGCACUCAUACAGAGAUAUCAGAUCCUCUGUAUUCAAGGUUUUAUUGUAUCAUCACUCGGUACGAUUCCCCUGUCAACACUCAAGUGCUAAUGAACUAUGUACGCGGACUGACUAAUAAAACAAUCAGCAAGAAGAAUUACAAUUUUCGAUUGGCUGACGCAAAGGUCUCUUUGGAAUUGACUGGCUUUCAAAAGGGUGGUGUUUGUCCCAUUGGUAUGAAAAGUGCCAUUCCAUUGAUCAUGUCCGAAUGUGUUACAAGAUUAAACCCUCCUGUCAUGUACCUGGGCGCUGGUCAUAUCGAUUGGAAAUUAGGAAUACCUGUACAAGAAUUCAUUGAUAAGACUGGAUGUUUUAUUACCAACUUGGAUUAGAUCAUUAUAGAAUAGAAUAGAAUAGAAUCAUAAUGUAGAAUAAAAAGGUAC